AUGGCACAAACAAGUCAAAGUAUAUGUGUAACAUUACCUACACGCAUAACAAAACAAAUUAGUACAUGUGCAAAUAGUAAACACUAUGUUACGAAUUUUUUACAAAAUGCAUUGCCUUUCUAUGAUACUGAUUCGAUAGCAGAUGAAUUAAGAAAGGUAUAAUAACAGUUAUUUGUAAUAUAUGAAUAAAGAGCAUAAAAAUACAGUAACAUAAAAAGAUGUACAGGAAAAUUGUUAACUAGUAGAAAACGAAUGCAACUUGGUUUACGUAAGAUUAGUUCUAAGGGUGACUUAAAAUAUAUAAAUUUAUUACCAUUAAAUCAGUUAUGGUUAAAUUACAUGCAACAAGUACUUGGUACCAAAUUGUUUACUAAUAUUCCAAAAGAUCCAACUGAUCCAAAUUGGGAAUAUGUGAAUCAACAGUUGAUUAAAGCAGAUUUUCAUGGUGCUGAAAUAUCAGUUGUUGGAUCAAAAUGCCCUACUUUAGUUGGACUAAGAGGCAUAGUUAUUCAAGAUACUAAAAAUACCUUUAGAAUUUGUGGAAAGGACAAUAUUGUACGAACAAUACCUAAGGAUGUUGUUAUUAUGAAAAUUUAUUUAACGGUAGUAUGUUUGGAAUUUUUUGGAAAGGAUCUUUCUAUAAGACCUACUGAACGAACUAUAAAAAAGUUCAAAUGUGGACGUGUAUAUGAACUAUAG